AUGACAAUUAAAAACUUACUUACAGACGUUAAAAUCGCUACUGAGACGCAAGAAACAUUGAAGUCUUUAGAUUUAAAUGACCUCAAAAAAGAUAUACUGGAACUAGACGAAAAGAUAAAAUCUUUUAAAAUAUUUCUUCAAAGUGAACAAAACUUCUUAAAGCAGCAAGAACAAAAUAUUACUAAAAAGGACGUUCAAAAAUUUCAAGAUUUCUUAUGUGCCACUGCCAAAUGCGGAGGAUGGAAUGAAUACCAUCAUAAUAUAUUCAUCAAGAUUUGGCAAAAAUAUAUAAAAAUUGAUAUAGAAAACACAAACGAUUCUACAAGCUCAAACGGUUCGCAAUUUGAUCAACUUGCUGAUGACUUCCUUAAUAAAGUUCCUGGUUUCACACGCGCUGAUGUGACGUCACAUAUAAAUUGGUAUUCGACUUAUUUAUAUUUAAAAGCAUGUCAACAGCGUGCUCUUGAAGAAUGGAGGGCCAAAAAUAAACCUUUGAAAGCUUCCAAUCAUAUAAAGGUGAGGAAACUUUGA